CUUGAUCUCUACGGGCUCCAGAUGACCAUGAAGAAGUCCCACUCGCGAAAGGCAGUCAGAUGCUGCGAAACUUGGCUGGGCGGCUGGACGACGUCGGCUCGCCUCCGCGAGGGAUCAAUCCACCAGUGUCUCUUCGGGUGCAGCUGCGCUGCCUCCGGCGAGUGGAAGCACCGCGACAAUUGCUACCAACUCUGGUCGACAGCUGACGACGUGUUCGGCAGAAAGCCUCCACCUCAGCGACUGGAGUCGCUGGGCCUGGGCGCCGAGACCCCCGACGACCUGGCCCCAAACAUGGUCGCUUCCGAGAAGUACCGCGCAAUGAAGCACGCGCAU